GGGCACACGUACCAUCUGUGUAGGGACACGGGGCCCGAGUCACAUCAGGCCAGCAGACCCCAGUGUAGCUGAUCCCUGACCUCAGAGGCAGCAACUCUGCUCCUGCCCCUGGCUCCCAGUCCCAGGGCAAUUCCUCCUGUCUCCUUCACUGCAAGGUCUCCAGAGACUUCCGGUGGCAUGUUUGAAGGCUCAGCCUCGGCGUGUCCAGCCCCACUGCCCCUGGCCCAGUGGUGCUGUCUUCUCCUGCCCCUCGGAGCUCUAAAUGAUCUCCUGACUCUCGGACCCAGGACCGUGACUGCUUGAUCUCCCUCCACACAGGGUGCGGGAAGGCAGCCCUACCUGGCACCAGUGUCAGUGUGGCCUCCUUCGCUGGAACGUUUCCUCACCCGUGUGGACGUGCUUGCUGGAGAGCAGCUGGGUUCCUGUGGGACGCCUGACUCAGCGGCUCCGUCCCAGGCCGUGCCCCUGACCAGAUGUGAACUGAGCGGUGGAAGGGCACGCCUCAGGCUUCCUCUGCUCAGCCCCAUGGCCUCACGCCUUGGAGCACAGAGAGGCUCAUGUGCCUCCCCCCAGGGGAGGGCAGGACCCCAAGGAGGAGAGGAAGAAGGCGCUUUGGUCAUCGAGGGACUUCUCAACAUUGCCUGGGGACUGAGGCGGCCUAUCCGGCUCCAGAUACAGGACGACAGGGAGCGAGUGCACCUCUCCUCAGCCUCCUGGACACCCGGACAGCCCGGCUGCCCCCUAAAGGAGCCACUUCUUCAGGAUGGCAGGGUCCCUGCCCAGGAGCCAAGGACUCAGACAGCACCCAGGGCCAAGAGUUCCAGAGACAGCUCAGAGCCCCUGGAGGAGGACGAGGAGACCCCUCAGCUGAUGCGAACCAAGAGUGACGCAGCUUGUGUGAUCCAGAGGAGGCCCCGGGCCCGCGCACCCGGCGAGGCCCAGAGGAUCCGGCGACAUCGCUUCUCCAUCAAUGGGCACUUUUACAACCACAAGACCUCGGUGUUUACUCCUGCCUAUGGGUCCGUGACCAACGUGAGGGUCAACAGCACCAUGACAACCGUGCACGUGCUCACCCUGCUGCUGAACAAGUUCCGAGUGGAAAAUGGCCCCAGUGAGUUUGCGCUCUACAUUGUUCACGAGUCUGGGGAGCGAACAAAAUUAAAAGACUGUGAGUACCCACUGAUUUCCAGAAUCCUGCACGGGCCAUGUGAGAAGAUCGCCAGGAUAUUCCUGAUGGAAGCCGACCUGGGCGAGGAAGUUCCCCACGAUGUCGCUCAGUACAUUAAAUUUGAAAUGCCGGUGCUGGACAGUUUUGUUGAAAAAUUAAAAGAAGAGGAGGAAAGAGAAAUAAUCAAACUGACCAUGAAGUUCCAAGCCCUGCGUCUGACGAUGCUGCAGCGUCUGGAGCAGCUGGUGGAGGCCAAGUAGCCAGCCAGCGCUGGCCUCUUCGGAAGCCCCCCCACUGCCAGUGCACACUGAGUGCGGGGGGCCGGGCCCUGACUGGUCACACGGACUGAGAGCCACCGGCUGGGGAAUCGAGCCCCCGCGCUUCUACAUGUCUUUCUGCCUGAGUACCAUGUGCCCCAUGUCCCUGGCUCUUGGCUCCUAGCUGAGUACUCACCGGGCCCAGAGCCAGGCCUGAAGAGCCACGAAUUUGCUCGGUGGGGUCUAUGUGUGAGGCUUGCGUGGGCAGUAAGCAGCCCUGAAGCUGGGGCACUGGCCACAUUAUGUGGCUGGAUGGCGUGGCCGGUCCUGUUCAUGCCACACCUCUCUUGCUCAGGAGAGCAGUACCUGAUCACACCCAUGGGGUGUGCGCCCUAUCUGCUUUCCCAGUGCCUGGGCCCAGAGUUUCUGCCUGGCCAUGAGCCCCUGACCUCCUCAUCCAUGUGAACCAUGAGAUCCCUGUCUGGCCUCCCCUCAUGCUGCUACUCAAGACUCUGCUGGGAAAAACAGGGGCUGCCAGCAGGUAUGGGAUAAGCCCUGCUUCUGGCCUUCACUUCCCCAUGGUAUCCCUGGCCUCCAAGCCUUUGAUGCCACCCUGUGAGCAUUACACAGCCUAGCACCCUGGCAGCAGAGGUCAGACCUGGGAUAAGACCAUGAGCCUCCUAUCAUCUCUCUGCAGCACUGGCUUCUAACUUUUUCUUGGGACCUGAAGAAUUCUUAUAAGGAGCUUGCUGCAGGAAACAUGGCACUUCAAUCACAUAGAGGAGGCGGCCCACAUUGCACUGGAAGGAUGCCAGCCCGUGUGCAGCAGAGUCUGUGGCUCAGGCAGUGGCUUAGGAAGGCAGUGCUCAGUCCCCAUCACCGCUGUCCCUUGGAUGCCCGUGUGCCUCUUGCUCUUUCUGGGCUUUAUUCCUUCACUCUCUACACUUCCCAUCAAAGGGGCACAAUGAGGAGAAAUGUCUAUUUGAGGAGAAAAGGCUUUGAAUUCCCUGCGGCCAGAACAAUUUGAUUUGUCAGCUGAUGGAGAAUUUCUGGAAUGAACGGGAAGGCCUUUGCAAAACUAUGCAACAGUGUACAUUGGUCAUGUGAAGUGUUUGUCCAAAACAGAGCAAGUUAAAGACCAAAUUCUUUUCCCACUGGGGCCUGUGGAUAGUGGAUUUAAAGAGAAGAACUGUAAAGUCUUCCAAAUAUAAGAGACAGUCCCGCUCCGUUCCAUGCAAUGGCUCCUUCCUGGCACCCAUAGAGAGCAAAGCCUGGGAGCAGCCGUGCUGUGUGGAGCCACCGUUCCGGGUGAACUUCAUGCCAGGAUUUCCCCGGCCUAUCUCCAUUGUCACAGAGACACGCAGCGGUGCUCCAGAGAGAUCCCCGGCAGUAUCUGUCAUCUCUGCUCUCCCUCCUUUUCCUAGUUUCCCAGGAGCUCAAUAAAGGUGCACUGUAUUGAACUGAA